UUUGGCAGCGAUAACUGACUCGGAACGCACGACUGCGAUGCUCUUCCUGAGGUGACUGAAAACUGUCACCAUUGGCACCUCAAGCGCUCUCUCUCGCGCACUCUCUCUCUCCUCCACUCUACCCAUCAAGGACAGACUCGGCAGAGUGAAGGAAGAACAGUAGCGUUAACUCUCUCUCACCCUCCUCUUUUUCUCUCCCUUCAUCUUUCUGUUUUCUCUUCUCCAUUGUUCUCAUUCAUCAUUCUUGUUCUUCUCCCACUCUCUUUUACACUCACUCGCUCGCUUUCCCUCACUCGAUUGCGCUCGCUCUCCCUCCCUCACUUGUUCUCUCAUGAAUGUCACCUUUACUGGUGGUAGCCGCUGGAUUUGCGCACACACUCAAAUACACACACGCUCGCUGGCUUUGGGGUGGGGGGGGUAAUGUAGGGCUGUGGGGAGAGAUAGCGCGUGCCAGAAGAGGCAGAAGGGAAAUUUCUCCGAGUCCAUUCUUCUUUUGCCGGCUCCCGUCCUGUGACUCAGGGCUUCGUCCGUCCCAGCAGCUCAAGCAGAAGUGCCUCUGGACACGGGAGCGCUGGAUUACCGCUCCAGAUUAUUAUUAUUCUUUUUUUUUUUUUUUUUUUUUUUUACUAAAGUUUGCCAUAGGGACUGCAGGCUGACCAUCUGCCCAUUUCUGACAGGAUCUGUUCCCGAUUUGAGUCGAAUAAUUCCGCUGCUGGUGAGUGAAGAACUUUCCACGAGGAACAGCCAUGUGUGGGUGAGAAAGCUCAUCGUUUCCGUGUGCUAAACUUUAGCUUUGUCAGUGUUUUUGUCUUCAGGAACAAGACACAAGGGGAGGGGAAGGGAGAAGAGACGAGGGGGGGGGCAAAUAUGUCGGCAAUGUCGCAACGAUGACUUUGUCGGGCUCUUUCUGUAUCUUUUUGUGGAAAUGUAACCGCGUCGAUUUACGUUUUACGGAUUUGUCGAUAUGUGUUUAGCUAAACAAACAUAAUGAAGGACAAACCGUGGACAGGUUGUGAGUGGACCAGAACUUAACCUCUUCCCAUACUGGAGGGAAACACACGGACACGUGAGGAACCUACCUGAAUUCUUGGCUCGCCACACGAGGUUCUACCCUUGACUUUUAUCUCUUCGUGUUGCUGGUACAAAAAGACAAGUGCAUCCAGAGAGGGUCUCUUAGGCAAACAGAGACCCCCCUCCCAAAGGUGAGAGGGGGGGGAAGAUGGCAGCUCUUGCCAGUUCUCUCAUCAGACAAAAACGGGCAGUCAAGGACGACCAAGCCAACCGGCCGAUAGCCAACAAACGGAAGCCGUGCCCCAAAAGCAACAAGUCCCUUUGCCAGAAACAAAUUCUUGUUCUAAUAUCAAAAGUACGGUUAUGUGGCGGUCGCAGAGGAAGAACGGACAAAAGACCAGAGCCACAGCUAAAAGGCAUCGUCACCCGUCUGUACAGCCAGCACGGCUACUACCUGCAGAUGCUGCCGGAUGGCACCAUGGACGGCACAAGGGACGAGAACAGCUGCUUCUCACAGUUCAACUUGAUUCCUGUGGGUCUGCGGAUAGUGGCAAUUCAGGGCGCGAAGACUGGCUUCUACCUGGGCAUGAACAGCGAGGGAUACCUGUACACCUCCGAGAAUUUCAACCCAGAGUGCAAAUUCAAAGAGAGCGUGUUUGAGAACUACUACGUGACGUACUCCUCCAUGCUGUACCGCCAAAGCCAGUCUGGACGGUCUUGGUACAUCGGCAUCAACCGGGAUGGCCAAGUGAUGAAGGGCAACCGCGUGAAGAAGACCAAAGCGGCUGCACACUUCCUACCUAAAGUCAUCGAAGUGGCUAUGUACAAGGAACCUUCACUGCAUGAGCUUGUAGCGGAGCAGAGUCCUCCACGCAAAACUGUAAAGACUUCAGACUCCCCUUCUCACCAGAACGGCAGGAAAGAGGCCCCCAGAGCUGAUGCUUCAUAGCACAGGGGGCGCACAGAGGGAGGGUGAGGGACUACACCGACACUGAGAACUCCAUUUUCCUUCAUGCAAUGGGGGCAGGAAGAGCUGUGUGAGUGGCUGUUAGCUGUGGGGUUUUGAAUGGGGCGAGAUCAGACAGCAGCCCCUGGCUCUCUGCAACGAGCGGAGAAUCCCUGCCUCUCUCCGUCGUACCAGCUCACAUAUAUCUCCACUGACCCGGCAUGACACCUGACCUUCCCGUAUGAUCCCAUAAUCCAAUGCAAAAACAUGUUUCUGUGCCCCCAUGUGACCUUCUUGAGUUCUCUCACAGUGUCAGACGAAAAAUGCAAACAAUAUCCAUCCUAACUGAAGAAUUCAAUUGACUUUUCUUUCCCUACGGUUUCGUUUUGUUUGAACGAAGAGUUUUGGUGUGAGAAUGAGACCGAGAGCGAGAGAGAGAGAGAGGUUAUUAUCCAAUAUCAUCAUAAUGAUUCCAGCAGAUGAGACCCUCGCUGGUUCAUUUUUUUCCUGCUGCCACUUUGCCAACGGCUGCUCUGUGCCAGUCAGAACUAUAGGAAGGAGUGCUGUAAAAUUAGUUUUUAUUGGACCAUUCAAGGAGGAUCCAGUUCUAUUGGUCAGCAGGUGUAGAUUGAUUUCUGCUGGUCCACUGCCAGAGAAGCCAAAGGCGUCAUGCAAAAUUUAUGAUUGGCAGCUUUUAAGAUUAAACAUAUCUCUGUAGUUCUACUUUCUUUCCGCUGUUCUCAAAAACAACCCAGUGAUGAUGAUAAUGAGUUUAGAUUGAAUCCGCAACCCAAACACAUCUGUUUUAGUUUAAUUGUGGCUACACCUGCAGGCUACAAGAUCCAAAAAAAGAGAAAAAAAAACUUAAAUUCUCUUGUGACGACUCCAUUCAUGUUUAAUAGCCAGUGGGCUCGAAGCGGCAUCCGUAUCAUUGGCAAACGAGCGGAGAUUAUUCGGGGCAGUUGUUUGAUAGCUCUUUGAUGGAAUUCUUACAGGGGAUUACAUGGAGUCCAGCCAUGAUUGCUUGAAUUAUUUACUCCUUUCCCUGGGAACGUUCGGCUCACUCAAGCAGCUCGGACGAGAGAUUUUAAUAUGCAAAUUUAAAUUGUGGCGAGCCGAUCAAUGACGCAGUGUUUGUGUGCGUUUAGACGUGAGUAUUAGAGUGUGAAAGAGACAGAACGAUGUGAAAUGAACAUCUGCUUCCAUUAUUUAUUUGUGUGUGUGUGGCAGUCUGGGCACACAUGUGUAAACGCAUUGGCUCGCACACACCACAGUUGAUCAUUUUAAUGGUUCGGUUGAGUCUGAACAUUUUAAUCUGCCUGGAGAUGUUGACUGAUGACCCUCUUCAGAUUUCAUAAUUGACACAUAACCAAGAGGACGUGCUGUGACAUCCAGGCUCUCUUUGUAAUUCCACAGGCAUCUUUAUCAGUCUACACACACCACAUUCCGUAAGUUGUUUGCUUGAGUAAAGCAUUGGUCAAUCACUUCCAAACAGUGCCCUUUUGUCCUACAGAAGGGAAGCGACCUCCUCUUUGAUUAUGACAUCAUGCAUUUGUGGGCCAAUAGCAACCGUCUGGGCUGUAGAAGGUACAACCUGAUUGACUGUAGGCUUGAUAGGUUCACAACUUUGGUUUCUGUCUGAGAAAUGGUGUGACUUGCAUGGUCUUAAUGUCCUUGAGCUGUGCCUGAACAGCAAAAAAAAUAAAUGAAUACAUGAAACAAAUUAAACUUUGACUGACAAUAUUAAAUCAAAGGACUUAGGAAAACAAAAAUAUUUAGGAAAACGCAACAGGAAGUCAGCUGAAAGGACAGUGGAUGUUGGUGAGGGUUUGCGCAUGUUGCAGAACGCUUUUAGCAUGUUGACGCAUGGUUCGUGUAUGUCUCAAUGAAAGUUGAUAGCAAGUUAAAUGUUAACGGAAUAUUUCAGGUGCAAUUGAAUUAGCAGCAGAUGUGGCAUAAUGUUGAUUAUAUCAAAAAUGUAUUUAACGAUAAAAAAUUAAGCAAUCGUUGUUACAACGACACUUAAAAUGGAAAUUAACAAAUGAUCAGAUUUUCAAGCAGAAAUUUUACUCUUUUAAUUUUAUAAAACACAUUUAUUGUUCUGUUUAAAUUUGUGUGUUAUUAUAGCUGUAAAGUUGUUUAAAUAACCAUUUUUAAUCAUUUUUAGCUGUUUCGUUGUCAUGACAAGUUGCCAAAGUAAAACUGAGCAUUUAUGCAAUUUUUUUUUUAUAUCUUGUGGCUAUUUUAUUAAAGGAGUGAGUAUUUUAAGGUUUUCGGAUAUGCCCUCUUCAGUGCCUCCCUGUACAUAUUUCUUUUUAGAAAAGGAGGGACAAGAGAAAAUUAAUUUUUGUGCUAAUCAACAUAAAUGCCACAAGGUGCUGUCGAUUGAGCUGAAUUUGUAUUGAGCCUGGAACAUUCCUUUAAAAGGAAUUGUAAUGUGUAGCAUGAGAAAGUCUGGAGAAAGUUUGGUUAUGCGAGAUGAGAUUCGGGACGAAGACGAGAAAGUCCUGAGGGCAGCUCGGUGAUUGAAGUUAGCUGGUGGAAAGGGAUACGGCUUUAGAGGCAUUAGAUUAUGAGGAGCAAAACCAGAAGAUCAUUAAGUUGGAUUCUUGGAGGACAGCGUGUGCUUCGGCGCUAAUGAUGAGAGCGAUCUUGUUCUGUGAAUUAGACACGAAUUCUUGCUGAUUGAGCGGAAGGCGAGGAACAGGGUCCUUUGAGGAUGGGGGGAUGGGAACGCGUACUGUAUGUGCGUACGUGCGGUGUAUCUACCUGGCCCGACGGAGACGUUAAGAACACAAGGACGAAUGUGGCGCGCAUGUGUGCUCCAAAGUCACGCUCCAUUUCCUGAGCAAUCUCCCCAAACCCUCUCCUGUGUGUCCAGUGGCUAUUAACCUUCCCUCCAGCUCUGUGUGUGUAUGUGUGUGAGCGAGAGAGAGAGGGAGAGAGAUAGAGCGAAGUAACGAUCGAUUGACUCAAUAAAAGCCAAACUGGAGAGCAAUAGCCCAGCGCUGUGAGCAAUAAUUUCCCUGUGCAACCGAGGAACCCGAGGACAUUAGCAGACGAUGAACUGAGAGCAGUUUUUUUUGGGGGGGACUUUAUCCAGUCGGCAGAGGAGACAACAUAGAGAUAAAGUGAUGUUCAGAUCGUAAACCCAAUUUUGGUAUUGUCAAAUGGGCCUCGCUCGCUCGCUCUCGCGCUCUUGCUUCUGUCCAGACCUGGUUUUGCUGUGAAGUCGCUAGUAUUAUGGUAUCAGAUCUCUCCUGACUCUCGCUCUCUCUUUUAAAUCAGGGCAAGUUCUCAAGGACACAUUGAGUCCACCCUCUGUUUCAUUUGCCCUCAAUUCAAGCAUGCAAAAAGAGUGAGACGAUCAAGGGAACACUUAUGAAAUUUUCAUGCUGUAUUUUUGUGACGAAAAAUAGAUUUCAUACUAUCUAUCUCAGAGGAGUAAAAGAGAACAAUAAUAUGUGUAUAUAAAUCAAAGAAUGGUUAAAAAGUCAUAUUAAAUGCAAUCAAAAAAUGAUGACAGUACUGUAAAUGGGUGCUUUUCGGGAGAUGGACUGCCUGGUCUUGCCAAAACUGCUGUGAGCCAUAAGGACUGUGGACAUGUACAGAUUUGAGUUUCUUUUUGUAUUUGUUUUUAUUCAAUUGUGAUAUUAAUUGCAACCGAAGGCCAUUUGACCCACAGUAAAAAUGUCAUUUUGAAGAACUGAUGGGUACUUGAAAUUUGCUUUUAUAUUUAGUGGAAAAUAUGUAUGAACCUGAAACCUUGUAUUUGUUUGAUUGUUUUCAUUUACUGCUAUAUUUUCCCUUGUGCGAACUUGUUUUUAUAUGUUUACUUUCUCUUUCUAAAAUAUUUAUUUCGUGAAGCUGUGCCGUUGAUGGACUAAUUGGACUUUUGAGACCUCCUCACCCAUACUUAAACACACGAUUUGCGAGUUUUAAGCAAACAAGAAAACAAAAAAAAUACUUAAACUGAAACUUAAAAGCCAAUGUACCUUUGUCUGAUCAGGUCUUCCAAACAAAAUGAAAACAAAACUUCCCUGUCCUCUCGUCUUCCAAAAAAGCAAAGUCUUCCACUAGCCAGGGCUUGCCUGAGUGUGGCAGUAACUGCCAACAGAAUGUGGCUUCCUGCCUAGGCCCCGCCCCUGAUCUUACAGCGAAUGCAGGAACAGGCUGAUUGGCUGACAGCCACUGGAGGCGGAGCUACACACACCUGCCCUACGAAACAGCAUGGAGGCCUGCGCGGAGACUCGACGAAGGCUGACCAUAGGACUAACAGCCUGGGUCAUCUGCCCAUUCCCUGCGCCCCUAACCAGCAUGGCGGAUGUGCUGCUCUGAAAUCCGACACACCUGGGAGAGUACUGGGACUCUACUGCAUGCAUCCCACUUUGGAAAUACUAGGAAAGACUCCCUUGUUACAGAGCACAGGAUCUCCUUAGCACCCUCUCCUGGCCUCCAACCUGGCCAUCCUGUGUACGUUUCUAGAGCAAUUAUACAUCUCUGGGUUAGGAGGAGGAAGGGGGUGUGUCUUAUUAUUACAUAUUAUUGA